CCGGGAUUCGCGACAAGAAGCGGCCAAAUCCCUUUCGACGGCCGUUCACAACAGACUUGUGAGAGUCGAUGGGCAUUACGAUGGACGCGAAUACGAAUCUUGAACGGCGGGCGUCCAUACAUAUGGAGAACCACUAUGUGAACUCUUUAAAUAACGCGACGAGGCAGUCGACGGGGGGCUCUAAUGCCAGGAGCGCUCAGCACCCUUCUAAUUCUGCAGACCAGGAAAGGGAACAGUUCGCGGAGGAAUACAAAAAGACUGUAACGAUCAUCUUCUGGUACAAGGCCAACACUGAGCCGCUUCGAAUCCAACAAUCCGUAUCCUCAUUCCCUUAUUUCCAACUUUCGCGACUAGGCCCUGUCGUGUCGGAUCUGGGCUUGGACAGUUCGUCCUACAUGGAUGCGUACAACGCUUCUUCCUCGCAAUGGGAGCAACACACCAUUAUGACUGUUCGGAUGGUCGAGACUCAGCAGCGCCUUCUUUAUCGAACUCGAAAGUCUCUUCUGGAGGGACUUCGAGAAGAGGAUUGCCUUGGUCUCAGAGAGGAGAUCCAAUUACAGAAUCACUAUAAUCAGCUCGAUAACAUCAACUCGCAGGCCAAUCGGGCAUCGCCCUCGCAUGAAGCAAACACGGGCCAGAAGCGGUAUGCUACAGACACGCUCCAAUCGUCCCAUCCUUCCAAGGUCCAUAUCCAUAACGGAUACUAUAGCAAUCAACUCGAUACGUCUUCCUCCGCACAGAACAAUUCCCAGCAACAGCAGCAGCAACAACAGCAACAGCAGGCUCCGGCAAGUCUCCCUACUCCACCGACCACUGGGGAUUCUAUCACGACACAAACAUCCAAUGAGACUGACUAUACCAUGUACCGCCCCCAGCAGCAACAGCAGCAGCAACAACAACAGUACUAUCAUGCACCCACACCUGCGCAGACAUCAGCACUUCCAUCCUACCUCACCGACCCCAAGUCCGCGACUCCACCGAUCCCAUAUCACCCCCACCCGCCUCUCAAACGGUGGCCCAACGAUUACACCGUGUACGAGCUCACUGUAGGCUUCAAUGCGAUGGACGCUUUGAUCGCUCAAUCGCCAGCCGGAGCAAAUAUGACCCAGAAGGUCGCAUUUGAGCGGGUAUUCGGGAGUCGGUAUGUGAAAAGCACGGUGUGUCGGCAUCGCGCCAUCUGGAAGAAGGCGGAUGUUGGGUUGAAGCAGCAGUUUGAGGCGCUUGGUACGGAUGAUCGUGCGUGCUGGGGUGAGUUCGUUAGACGAGUUGAGGGUCGACCGUCCGGCAAGGCAGGAAAUCACGAGCUGCCACCUGUGCAGACCGUUAUCGAUUACAGCCAGCCUUCCGCAUCGAAUAGUGGGGGCACGACGACCGAGGAGCUCCGAGACGAUACCAUUCAUCAAGGUACGACCACAUUCUCCGUCUUUGCAGCCUGA